UCAGCUUCGGCUGCUCAUUUCGUCCUUCCGGUGCCCCCGUCGCCCCACUCCCUCCCGAUGCUAACACCGUCGGGCUUGGCUGUGGGAGCGUAAUGGCGGUGCACCGGGGACCCUCUACGAAAUGGCUCUUUACCCGGGAGCAGCUCGAAAACACGCCGUCUCGACGCGGCGGAAUAGAGGCCGACAGGGAGCUUUCUUACAGGCAGCAGGCCGCCAACUUAAUCCAAGAUAUAGGCCAGAGACUCAACGUCUCUCAACUGAUUAUCAACACUGCUAUAGUAUAUAUGCACAGGUUUUAUAUGAUUCACUCCUUCAGCAAAUUCCAUAGAAAUGUCAUUUCUCAGACUACGUUGUUCCUGGCAGCAAAAGUUGAGGAGCAGCCCAGGAAGCUGGAGCAUGUCAUUAAAAUAGCCCAUGCCUGCACUAACCCACAAGAGCCUGCCAUAGACGCUAAGAGCAACGCAUUCCAGCAGCAGACACAAGAGCUUGUAGCACUGGAAACAAUAGUGCUGCAAACGCUGGGUUUUGAAAUAACAGUUGAUCAUCCACACACAGAUGUUGUGAGGUGUUCCCAGCUAGUACGAGCAAGCAAGGAUUUGGCACAGACUUCCUAUUUCAUGGCUACCAACAGUUUGCACCUCACCACCUUCUGCCUACAGUACAGGCCCACAGUAGUCGCAUGUGUCUGCAUCCACCUGGCCUGCAAGUGGUCCAACUGGGAGAUCCCCGUGUCUACAGAUAGCAAACACUGGUGGGAGUACGUGGACCGCACCGUAACGUUACAGCUGCUGGAUGAGCUCACACAUGAGUUUCUUCAGAUCCUGGAAAAGACACCCAGCAAACUGAAGAGGAUACGAAACUGGAGGGCUAUUCAAGCAGCUAAGAAGCCAAAGACAGAGGGCCCAACAGUGGAUAGUGCCUUCCAGGGGACGUCCUUAGAUGGCCUUUCUGGUGUCUCCAACUCCUUCUUCCCCUCCACCUCAUCAGACUCUUUAGACAUGCCCUCCCUUAACAGCAUCGCAGCCUCCUAUGCCUCCUACCAGCCACUGUGCGACCAGUCAAAGAGCUGCGACUACGACCAGUUCUCCGAGCCUCACCUUUCAGACUUCACACUGGUGAAACACGAACACAAAGCUACAGGCGGAUCUAGUAGUAAACACCCGCAGCUCAGUACAAACGCCGCCACCUUUUCACGGCCGCAGAAAGUCUUGACCCUGGAAAAGUACAGAGAGAAACAUGCGGCGGACCUGGCCUCGCAGAACGGUAUGAAGGAUGAGUCGAGCACAGACAUGUACGCACCUCCUCCGGCUCUCUCCUCACACCACCACAAGAAACGCUCUCAGGCACAGCAGGCCAGCCAGUCAGGUGAGAGCAGGAGAGAUAAGACCAGCUCUAAAAAGGCUCGGCUGCCUCCUUCUUAUGCUGAGAACGGCUCCGCCACGAGCGAGGAGCUCAAGAUGAGAAUCAAAGUUUCAUCAGAGCGUCACGGAGGCUCAGAGCAGGGCGGGACUCUGACUGGAAAAGACAAGCACAAAGAGCAUGGCCACCGUCACUCAAAACACAGCCACUCGCACCCUUACUCCCUCAGCGGAAACGGCAGAGGGACAAUAGAGAACGCCUCUUUAUCCAUACGAGCUCCCGACGUUGGCUCCUCCGGCUCGUCUCGUAAAAGGCCUCACUCUGACGCCGGAAACCACAACCACCACCACCACUCGUCCAAGAGCAGCAGGAGCUCCAAAGGAGGCCUCGGCUCGGCCCACUACUCAUCUGAGAGCGGGAGCAGGAUGAUGGAGCACCACGGCCACGACGGAACCAACGGCAUGCUGACCUCCAACGGCCAACACACUGACUACAAAGACACUUUUGACAUGCUGGACUCUUUACUAAGUGCCCAAGGAAUGAACUUGUAACCCUCGGAGAGGCCACAGUGUUGUCUAGAAUAAGGUAUUACCAUGUUUAAUAGUUUAAAAAAAUGAAUUUAUUUGUCUUAAGUUAUCUGAAUUCUGCAUCGCCCUCAGUCGUGUCUACACACUGAUUAUUGAUGAUUCUCGUUCAGCUGUCAAAAAUGUAAAAUUAUAUGGAUAGAGCUGUGUACCACUAGCUUGCAACAAAAAACAACCAUGAGAAGUUUUAAGAACGCGGCUGGAAUAAUGAGAUUUUAAAACAUUCUUUUAACGCGAGCCGACAUUAUGAUUUUAAUGUGCAUGUUUUAAGUCACAAAAGGGAAGACAAAGCUAGUGUUCACAGCUAUUGUGACAGUUUACAGAUGGUUAAUGUUUUUUUUUUGUAUGUUAAGACAUUUUGUUCCACUGAAAAUCUCAGGUCUUGAACUUUUUUGAUAUAAGAACGAAUCUUCCUCUGUUUGGGUUUAUUACCUAUAUGUGGAGAUGUAUCACCUCGUCCAUUUGCUGACGAUGACGAAACAUGGUCUGCUUACUUUUCAAAGAGUGCAUCAAUAGUUAAAAAAAAAAACCAAUACAAAUGUAAGGCAGACUCUAUUUGCCGUCUAUUGGGACUUCCAAGGCCGCACCUGAACUUAAUGUGCAGACUCAUUAUAGAGCUACAAAUAAAGUUUACGUAACAUCUGCUGUGAAAGUGCAUUUAGGAUAUAUCGGCUAAAAUUGCAAAACGGCCUUGUGAUUGUACCUUGUCAACCGCUAUACAGUAUGAUAAAUGUUAUUAACUAUCAGAAAAUACAGAUCUCUUAAAUAAGAUUGUGUAUAUAGGACUGUAGUUCAGAUUUCAAUCUGUUGGUUUAUUGCAUCAGUCCAGACCUUCCUCCAUUCAGUGUAUCAUGAGAUCUAAUGCAGACUCUAUAUUGAUGAAUUUAUCCUCGAUUUGUGUAUUGAGAGCCCAAAUAAAGGUGUAAAAUUCA